ACUCAUGCACCAGGAAGUAAUUUCUAUCACCAUGGCCGAUUGUCCGACGAUAUACUAUCUGAUGCAGGAUGGCAUUGCACUUUUUGUUUUCGUUAUAUUUCGGAUUUUAAAUUUAAAAUGACAUCCUACUCACAUAAUGAUAGAGUAACUAACCAAGAUCUAUUAGAUGAUAAUGCUAUUCAAGAUAAGAUUUGUGAAGGUAAAAAUAUUUUUGGAAUGUUCCCUGAGGCAUACUCAUUUAAGGAUUUAAUUAGUAAACUAGGAAAUAUUCCGAAAAGCAAUUCGUUGGUUGGGUUGCCUAAAUAUUUGUUAGAAAAUAAUGAUAAAUUUCCUUUUUUGUUACCAGGAGGAUGUAUACGUGAAUCUGGAGGAUA